ACCACACCCCUGAAUAAUUGGCCUGGCUGAGCCCAUCAAAACUAUGUGCAUGUAGAAAGAAAGAAAAGCUAAGUACCAUUAUUGCCCCUCCCAUGGCUUCUGCAAAUCUCUACCUCCAAACCUUAAACCAUUUCAAGCCCAAUUCCCUUUCUCCAUGUCCAAAAGUACCCCCCUUCCCCUUUUUUAAACCUUAUCAAAGAACCUCAAGAUUACACUGUCUGAACAGAGCUAAUUCUAAGGUUUUGAGGUCAAGGACUUCAACAAAUGGAAACGCUAGAAUCAUGGGUGCUUUUAUAUCUCCUCCUGCUCCAGACCCAUAUACCAGAGGUUUUGAAAGUGGGGGUUUUGCAGAGCAAAGUUAUUUGGGGGCUAAAGCUGCUCCUCCAUUGAGUUGGGGUCUUAUUGGGACUUUGUUGAUUAAGCACAGGCUGAGAAUUGCAGUUUCAGUUGUUUCUUUAUUGGGUUGUACGGCAUGUAUUCUUUCCAUGCCUUUGCUUUCUGGAAAAUUUUUUGAGGUACUUAUUGGGAAGAGGCCGGAGUCUUUAUGGGACGUGCUCACUAAAGUGGGAGUUUUGUAUAUUUUAGAGCCAAUUUUCACUAUUAUUUUUGUCAUAAACAUGAACACUAUGUGGGAAAAGGUGAUGAAAGCCUUAAGAGUUCGAAUUUUUGGGAGGAUAUUGGUUCAGAAGGUAGAGUUUUUCGAUAGAUACAAGGUCGGUGAGCUAACAGGACUGCUGACCUCUGAUUUGGGUUCUCUGAAAGAUGUUGUUAGUGAAAAUAUUUCAAGGGAUCGUGGAUUUAGAGCUUUUUCUGAGGUUAUGGGAACAAUAUGCAUACUUUUCUCGCUAUCAAUCCAACUUGCUCCUGUUUUGGGCCUGCUGAUGCUAUCUGUGUCGGGUUUUGUAGCUAUGUACAAGCGUUCAACUGUACCUCUCUUCAAAGCUCAUGGACUGGCUCAGGCUCGCAUUUCUGAUUGUGCAACUGAAACAUUUUCUGCUAUUCGUACUGUGAGAUCCUUUAGUGGUGAGAAACGACAAAUGUCGAUGUUCAUUAAUCAGAUUCUUCCUUACAAGAUCAGUGGAAUGAAACUUGGAAUCCUGAAGUCUGCAAAUGAAUCACUGACCAGAGUCAUGGUCUAUAUAUCUUUGAUGGCUUUAUAUUGCCUCGGUGGAAGCAAAGUAAAAGCAGGGGAGCUUUCUCUUGGAACCAUGACCUCUUUCAUUGGGUACACAUUCACUCUAACCUUUGCAGUACAAGGAUGUGUUAACACACUAGGAGAUCUGCGUGGAACACUUGCAGCUGUAGAACGAAUUAAUUCUGUAUUAACUGGGUCUGAAAUUGAUGAAUCAUUGGCUUAUGGUCUGGAAAGAGAUGCCCAAAGAGGAAGCCUGGAUAUUGGUAAUCUUGGUUCCUUAUACAAGGAUGGUGAAUACCUUCAAAGUCCAAUCACACAUUAUAGGUUGGAGAAAACAACCUCCAGUGGCUACCAUCUUGCUUGGUCUGGUGAUGUUUGUCUUGAAGAUGUGUACUUCUCUUAUCCAUUGAGAUCUGAUGUCGAUGUCCUCAAUGGUCUGAACCUAACACUAAAAUGUGGGACCAUAACAGCUCUUGUGGGUCCGAGUGGUGCUGGGAAAAGCACAAUUGUGCAGCUUUUGGCGCGCUUUUAUGAGCCAACCAAAGGUCGCAUAACAGUGGGUGGAGAAGAUGUCCGGGCAUUUGAUAAAAGUGAGUGGGCCCGAGCUAUCUCAAUAGUGAAUCAGGACCCCAUCUUGUUUUCAGUGUCGGUUGGAGAAAAUAUUGCAUACGGGUUGCCAGAUGAGGAUGUCUCUAAGGAGGAUAUUGUGGAGGCUGCAAAAGCUGCAAAUGCACAUGAUUUCAUAAUCUCUCUUCCGCAGGGCUAUGACACACCAGUUGGUGAACGUGGGGGCUUGUUGAGUGGAGGGCAGAGACAGAGAAUAGCCAUUGCUAGAGCUCUCCUCAAGAAUGCCCCGAUUUUGAUACUUGACGAGGCCACCAGUGCCUUAGAUGCAGUGAGUGAAAGAUUAGUCCAAGGUGCUCUAAACCAUCUAAUGAAAGGGAGAACCACGCUGGUCAUUGCCCACAGGCUAAGCACUGUCCAAAAUGCACACCAGAUUGCUCUAUGUUCACAAGGAAAGAUUACGGAGCUUGGGAGCCACUCCGAGUUGCUAGCCCUUAAGGGUCAAUAUGCUUCUUUGGUUGAUACACAGAGGCUUGCUUUUGAAUGAUGAUGGCUGUGUCGGCUUAUAGUUCUUAAUGGAACAAGGCAUGUAUCGGUAAUAUUGGCAUCGGUGUCGGCUUAUAGUUCUUAAUGGAACAAGGUAUGUAUCAGUAAUAUUGGCAUCACCUGUGGCUUUCUUUUUUGUGUUUCAUUUUUCACUAUGUGUAGAAAUAGCUUAGUUUCUUUGAAUUCUUCUUACUAUGCAAGCACGGGUCUAUGCAUGUACCCACCGAUUGUAUUAGUUUGGAAGAAAUUUAAAAUAUGUGUAAUAGACAUUCAUUGAGUUACGAUAUAAUAUUUACAGAAUUCAUCAUUACAAACA